CUACAUUUCCCAGUGCUCCCAGUGGGGGAAGCUCGGCUCAGCCCCUGUAAGGCUGUUUGCGGUGGGAGCCCGGCUUACAACCCAGGUCGCGGUGGGACCCCCACCACUGAUCCCCGCUGCUGGAGGUGGCAUUCCUUCUGCUGGGAGCCCACCAUCCUCAGCAAAAUCUGGCGUUUUGGUGGUUCCUAGGAAGGAAGGGGUUAAGCGCCCACACACACUGCAUUUCAUCCUGCCAGGCAGUGACGGCUACCCGUAGGUGUUGGUUAUGGCUGCGAUUUAUCAAGUGGUGAAUAGAAGAGCUUCCUCUCUUGCCUGCAGGUUGCACUCUACCUAUGUUAGAAAAAUGAGAUACUUAAAUGAGCUAAAGGAAGAUGACAGCCUUUGUAGACAAGCCCAGACCUCAGGAACUUUCUACCUCUUUCACAACCUCUCCCCCUUCCUGCAGAAAGCUGGGAAGAAGUAUUUGGUACCACAGCUCGGUGCAGCAGAGAUGAAAAGGAUCCUGGAGAAAUUCAAAGAGACUGAACAGUGGAUAGAGAAGUCGGUGCUGAUCGGUUGUUCAGAUGAGCACGUACCACACUUUGCCCUGGAUUUAGGAGCCUUGGAGAAAUCAGUCAUUGAGUCUGAACUCCAGGGAUCAUUUACUGACAUACGAAAGGCUCUCUUCGUAGUGGAUGGGAAAGAUUCUUCUUUGCUGGCUUCGGCCCAGUCCCUUCUCCGGUGGCACGAUUCCCACCAGUACUGUAGCAAAACUGGGCAGCCCACUCAGAAAAAUGUAGCUGGCAGCAAGCGUGUCUGCCAUGCCAGCGGAAUAACCUACUACCCACAGAUGUCUCCAGUGGUCAUCACCCUGGUAUCUGAUGGGAGCCGGUGCCUCCUUGCACGACAGCCCUCAUUUCCCCAGGGGAUGUACACUGCUCUGUCAGGCUUCUGUGACGUGGGUGAGAACGUGGAGGAGACAGUCCGGCGAGAGGUGGCAGAAGAAGUGGGCCUGGAGGUGGAGUCACUCUGCUACUCGGCUUCUCAGCACUGGCCUUUUCCCAGCAGCUGCUUAAUGAUAGCGUGUCACGCCUCGGUGAGAGCGCAGCAGGCUGAGAUCAGUAUGAACAGCCUGGAACUAGAGGAAGCCCGUUGGUUUGGCCUGGAGGAAAUCAUGGAGGGUCUCAAGAGAGAACCCAGAUCUUCAAAGCAAGACAACGGUAGUUUUUUACCCUGGUUCCCUCCCAAACAGGCCAUUGCUCACCAGCUGAUUUGUGAGUGGGUUAAGCGGCAGACUUCCCAGCUGGCUUAGGCAUGACUUCGCCAAGUCUGUGAUUCUACCAGAACUACGAAAGCUCGAUACAAAAGCUUCCAAAGUUACUGAAGGCAAAGUCUGCGUUACAGUGAGGAUAACACCAGACUGAUGGCAGUCUUACACUCAGAUACAUAGACCUAGAAAGCCACUUCUAAGCCGGUCAUUCUCAGACAUGACCUUUGAGAUCCCAUGACUUGCAGUAAACGUACAAUAAAAUUCUUCGUUCCAAAGCAUCAAACUUAUUGCGAGCAGCUGCUGCUGUUGCCCAACAAGUAACAGAACAGCCCCUGGCACCUAUGUUCCAUUUUCCUCUAUUUUAUCCAUCCUGAAUGGAUACCAAGUGUCCACUUUUUCCAGAAAAAAAAAAAAGGGGGGGGACGGGGGACAGUGGCGCCUUUCAAUGUUCACAUUUACAUGGAUCUGGAAGAACUAUGGCAAAAAAAAAAAAAAAAGAAGAAAAGCCACUGCCUGUAUGCUCUCCCCUUCUUCUGUUUCCCUUCCCAUUUCAUCUCCCAGUCUCAUACAAAACAUUCUGGGGUUUUUUUUGCAGAUGUUAAAUGGGCUCCUAUUUUGUUGAUGUAUCUGAACAACUAUAAAUAUCUCUAGAGGCACCAUUUUUCCCACCAGUAAGACAGCGUUACUUCCACCCCAAGGAAGAGAGAACAGAGCUAUCUGGUGGUAGAGAGUGGAAGAGCAAAACCCACACGUGAGCAUAUUAGAAGAACCCAGAUAAUGCAAAGGUGAGAGGAACUGCUGCAAGAAAGGACUGCGCUUCUGACAGAGAAAAAUCCUGAAAGGCACAAUGCCUCUCUCUUACCCUGUGCCAGGAGUCUGUGGCUCACCUGGAGAGCUGGUCUGUUUUUUUCUGAUGAAAUGGUGUCAAUUCUCUGGAGGGAGAGCGAUAAAGAGACAGUCUGGGCAAGAAAACCUUGGUAAAAAAGACAGAUGGAAGGAUGUUUGAUAGCAUUGAGACAUGCUCAGAGUUAAUUCUACUUUAGGAGGUUGGGAGGGCAUUCUUUCAGGCCGUGGGUGGCAUGUGCAAACACCUUUCCCACCCUCACUAACUCUCAGUCAAUAAAACCCACGUGUCAGAGCAUAUCUUUCAUGUUUAUGAACUCAAUCUGUCAGUCACCCUGAUAAGAACGUACUCGGUACAGCCAAGGCCAUUGCUCCCUCCCCGCCAGCCCAGCCAGACACACCACAGGAGCCCACGCACCCCCAAACUUAACUGCAACACUCUGCAUCCAGUUUCCUUUAAACCAUCUCUUGCUGCCUCUCUUAGUAGUAGUUCCUCCUGCUUUCUCUCCCAUCACACCAUUCUAAAUUCCCAGCAUUUACCUCUUCCCCUCUCAUCUCUGCAAUCUGCCAUUUUAAUUUUCAGCCUCCCUCCUUUCUUCCCCUGCUUUGCAGUAGAAGAUAUCGAAGAGUUAGAUACCUGCCAGCAAGAUGUUCCUCUCUCCUACUUCUCCUCAAUGCCUUCCCAACUCACCCUUAUAUAGUUCAUUAAUGUGCCCUGAGUUUGCUUCCAGUGUACAACAUCCAGCUCGAUGUACUUAGUACUUUUUAAUAUCCACAUAUGAUCUGUUCUCCCAGUGUCAGAAAAAGGACCAAGAAGUAAAAGCAGCAAAAAGUAGUAUGUAUGAGUGAAAGGAGGAACGGCUGUGUGACUUCUGCAGUAAUCUGAGCUUCGUGUGUUUUGGUUUUGUACUUUUACAGAACAUAUUUGCAGUGUAUGUCUUUGUCAAAGCAGCUGCAGUGUGAUCAUGUUCAACAUCAGAGAAAAUUCACCUGUGUUUGGGCAGGCUGGUCACAGGAGGUGUGAUCAUUACUGCUGCCCACUCGCUCAACACCGGCGGGUCAGACACUGCCCAGGCUGAAGCUCUUUGCUUCUGUGACUUGCCUUUUAAAACAGCUUUAAACAUCUGCAUGUUCCUUUUCAUUAUCAAUAAGAAAAAAGUCUUUCCCAUCUACUCAAAUACUUUUUUUUGGUAAAGCAAGAACAACUACAAGGCAAUAUUCUCAUCGCACCUUUUGAAGAGCCUUAAAUUUUAAACUGUUUUAUAAAAUCCUUAAUCCGUACCCUUUGGACUUAGGUACGAAACAAUAAUGCAAUAAUGGUGGCCUCUGUUCCUGAUGUUAAGAAAGCAGGAAUGAUUAGAGGCAACUAUAGGGAAUACACAGCUAUGAACAGGACAGGAAAACAAGAUGAGAGACAUUGUUCCCACUUGCAUUUGCCUCAGAAAUCUGGCUGAAGCCUGAGUAAUACUCCCUGCAGUCAAGACAGAACAUGCUCCAUGAAGGCAGGUGACUUGGAAAAAGAAACAGACAAUUCCUGACAGAUGCUUCUUCAACAAAACACAGCAGGGCUUUCCUACGUAAAAGAUAUCAGGCAGGCAAAAGGGACAUAGCAACACAUUUCUCUCAAAAACACAUCCGUUAAAUGAAUCCUCUUUGGGGACACUUGGCAUGUAUAAAAUCACUGGGACUUACAGCAAGGCCUGCCACUGAAAAGCAGUCAGCCUGUGGCUUUACAACCCAGUUGUCUACAAGUAUUACCAGUCAGCAUGUUACACAGGCAGCUAUAAAAUAACAACAUUCCUCUGAUUAAUUUGAAAUAGCUUUCUGGAGAGCAAUGCGGGCAGGUUCAGAGCAGCAUUCCAUCUACCUACCAAAA